AGGGCGGGAAAUAUUCAAAUGAUGGAUAGAAGAGAACACUGAAAAGUGGUCUUUUCAGUGGUCAGACUAGGCAGGGACAGCGCACCGGAGAAUGGAGAGAGCAGCAGGAAGGUAGGGAGUCAGGAUGGACGGCGAAAUCAAGUGCCCAGAGGAGAGCCAGCGGGGAGCAGCCCACCACUCGGGUCCACGCCACCGAGCCCGGCCUGGUGAGGUCACAGGCCCUUGUGAGGUGGGGUAGGGCGUUGGGGCCGCAGUGCUGCCCAGUCGGCGCGGAGGCGGCGGCGAGCUCAGCCGCUCCCCGCGGCCUCCGGAGCCCCUGGGCCGUGGCGGUGGCGGUGGUAGCGGCAGCAGCGGAAGCCUGGGUCCCGCACUCCACCAGCGCCCCCGGCCUGGUGGGCGGAGCGUCGGUCUCAGUCAGGAAAUCCUUUUGUGCUAUUGGUCAUUCGUACUUGUUCAUCAAGGCCAUUGAGUCCUCAAGGGCAGAAUUUACUGCUAAACCGAAAAAUGGAAACUAAAGUACCUUUAUUCUGCCAGGCAGAAGAAAAUAUCAGUUUAUCAGAUCAUGGCUGUAAUUCAUUUGCAACCAACCUGUCAUCAAGACAUACUGAUAACAAGAAAGAUGUCAAGUUUUCUAAAGCAACGCAGAAGAGAAUUUCACAUGAAAUUAGGGAUUUGAGACUAGAACACAAAAAAAUGAACGCAACAUCAGUAUUCCUGUGUGGAGAAGAAAAAUUCUCUGAUUUUUCAGGAGAAGAAAAUGUCAAGAGAGAGAAAACUUUACAAGGACAAUUGCAUACUAAAAGGACUGAGAUCGCCUCUUCCUCAGUGAAGCUGUCAAAGGAGAAGAUGACCAGGAAAGAAAACUCUUUAUUCAAGUUGCCGAAUCAGUACAGCGUUCAGAAGAUUUUACCACCCCUUUGUACAUCUUCCUCAAUUAUUCGGAAAAGGGAAAUGAUUUCUAGCCUCUACAAGACAUUAUAUAAUGAAGAACCUCAAAGAAACUUAUACUCACAAGAAUUAAGUGCACUUCAGAAGGCCUGUAAAAUUUUCAGCAAAAUCCAGAGUGGUAAGAUUUAUGUGAAUGAUCUGCCAACGAUCCAUCACACGUUGAAGAUUUUUAUAAGUGACUCAGAAAUGCAAAAAGCUCUAAAGACUAUUGAUAUUGAUGUUAAUGGAAUGCUGGACUUUUCAGAUUUCCUUAAGGCUGUGAACGAUGUUUGUUAUUUGGUCUCUCAGGAUCCAGCAUUCCAGAAUGCCUUGAAGAUUUUCUGUAGGAUAAAAAGUGGUCGAGUUGCCACUGAAGAACUGGCUGCUGUUUUGGAUAGCAUGGAUAUCCCUGUAAUCCCUGAAACUUUUCAGGAAGUGAUAAAACAUGCUAGUAUAGACAGUAACCACAGGGUUGAUAUAGAGAUAUUAUAUUUACUUGAUGAACUACAGCACCAGUAUGAGGGUUGUUCAAUUAUGGAAUGGUCAGCCUUGGAUGAAUCUACUUCUAACAGAAAGUUAUCAAAUAUUUCAGAAUGCUAUCUACAGUAUAGGAAGAAAAGCACUUUAUCUUCCAGACUGUUUGAACCAUCAUUAUUCCCAAAGUUAAAUGGAAAAAACCUCCAAUAUCAUAAAAUUAUGGAGGAUAAUGAUUACCUUGAAUAUAAAAGAUUAAAAAAUCCUUUGCAAAUAAAAAAAUUCCCAAGUGGGAUUGCUAGCAGCAAUAUAGGACUCCAGGAACCAUAUUCAAAGGACGGCAUAAACUCUAAGAAACGUUCAGAGAAGAUUGAAAUUCAUGACUCAAAGUCUAUACCGCAUAACUUGAGGAGGAUUAUAAGCCUCAAAAAGUCUCUGGAUAAAAGUGAUACUUUUAGGAUCCCCAGACUUCAGAAGCCAGAUGUGAGAAGGCAUUCCAGCCCCCUAAAACAGGUUUCAUCAAAGGAAAAAACUGCAGUGAAUGCUCUGGAAAACAUCUGUGAAGCUAUCCAUAAACUCCAAGAAAAUUACAUUGCUGCAGAAGAACUUCAGUCUGUUUUGCCUUCACUAGGAAUUACUUUAUCAGACAAAGAGCUCAAGAAGAUUGUGACAGAUACUACUCAAAAUGAAAGUGGAAUGGUGAACUUAGAUGACUUUAUGAAUGCUCUCUCCAUGGAGCAAAGUCCUCCUGAAUAUGAUGAGUUGACUGAUGUCAUUAAAGCCAUUGAUAAAAUUAAAGAUGAAAAUAUGGAUUUGGAGGAUCUGAAUACUUGUCUUCAGGAUUUUGGGGUUUACCUUUCUAAGCCAGAAUUUGAGAAGAUCACAGAGUUGACUGAAGCUGAUGAAACAAAAAAGUCAAAUUUUAAGGAAUUUGUUGAUACAAUGUUGACCAAUACGGAACGCUUCUCUGAAAAAUUGUUAUUGCCUGAUACUCUUGAAAACCUCCACAAUUUAAGCAAAGAGAAGAUGAAUGUUUCUCACCUGUGGAACACUCUGUCUGGGAUGAAUAGUAACUUGAAAAUAAAAGAAUUCCGAAGUGCACUGAAAUUAGCAACAGUUGAUGAAGGUGAUGAAGUGCAAAUAGAAGAAUUUGGAAAAGUGGUGAAGGAUAUGCGUGAUGCCUCCAGGUUAAAAGAGUUACAGAACAUUGUCUUAGCCCUUGAUGCACUUGAAGGUGACAUGAUACCUGGGAAGAACUUGGAGAGCUUUCUAGGAAAUAUUGGGAUUAAGUCACCUGAAGAGGAGGUAGAGAAAAUUCUUCAAUCAGAUUUUGUUUCUGAUGACAACAUGGUGAAUGUUAAAGACUGUAUGAAGGUUUUGAAGGACAACCAGAAAUUUUCCAAUUUUAUUGCAUUGAAUGAUAUCAUCAAUACAUUGGAUUCUAUGGAAGAAAGUGAUCAGUUUGAUAAGGACAAAUAUGCAGAUGUACCUCGAAAUAUCAAUAGAAUUCAUUUCACUGAUAAUAGUCUUCAAAAAAUACUAGAUGAGUCCAUUGUUGAGGAUUUUAAGAAAGAGGCUUUGUCUUCAAAUCUGAGAUUACCAAAAGCAGAUGAGACUGAAGAAGCUACUCAUAUCUUGUCAAGUGUUGAUAAUGGCAAGAUUGAUAUACCUAGCUUGGAGCAUGCCCUGGAAAGUUUGAAUGUCAGUUUGACUGAGGAGGACAUCAGUGAAGCCCUCCAGUGUUGCGACAUCAAUGAUAAUAAUGAAGUGAAUUUAAAAGAUUUCUUUGAAAGAAUUAAAGAAAGUCCAUCUUUCAAAGAGUCCAUAGCUACACAGCUACUCUUAGCUACUACCCAAAUUCUCCAGAAUGAUCUAAUUGAUGCCUCUGACCUUGAAGAAUUUUUGAUAAACAAUGACUUUCAUGAAGCUAAUGUUUUACUUAAUGAAGUAUUAAGACAUGAACCUGAACAUGAAAAUGGCAAGAUUACCAUUCAAGAAUUUUUAACUAAGUUCUGCAAUACAUUAAGAGUUCCUAAAGACACAGGAGAUAAAAACCAAUUUUACAACAUCAACAUUCACAAAAAUGAACUUACAGCCAUUCCUGACCUUAAGCAAAAUUUAAAUCCCAUUGGAAUCUAUCUAACAGAUGAUAAAAUAAAGGAGGCUUUGGAUAAUACUAAUCCUAAUGAUGAAGUGGUGAACUUUAAGGAUUUUAUCAGAACAUUGACCAAAACUGAUGAAUUUAUCGAGUGCCAAAAAAUAGAAGAUGCAUCCAACAUUGUUAAUAGUGUCUUUGAUGGGAAAGUUGAACUUAAAGACCUUUUAUCUGCCUUGGAGAACCUGGAGAAACCUUUAAGUGAAGAAAAACCUGAGGCGUCACUGAACUCUGCAACAGAUGACAAUAACAAGAUCGUAAAAGAUAUUAUUGAUGUUUUCACUAAUUCAUCUAAACCAUCAACACCAUUCAACAAUUUAUUUAAAGAGAUUACAACUCUUGAUAAGAUCAGAAAUGAUAUGAUGCCUGCAAAUGAACUGAGCUUCCAACUCUUGAGUGCGGGAAUUCCACUGACCAAUAAGACAUUCCAGGAGGUUCUGGGUCAAGCAUCUACUGAUGAAAAUAGUGAAGUAAGUCUCAAACAAAUUUUGGAGUCUUUGAACACAAAUAAGCCAGUUCCUCAAUUUGAAGAUUUAUCUACUGCCCUCCAGACUGUCAACUUGAUGGACUCCAACAAAAUUCAAAUUAAUAACUUGCAAGAUGCUUUUGAUGACCUCAAUGUUUCUGUAAAGCCUGAAGAACACCAGAUGUUAGAGAAAACGCUUGAUGUUGAUGAAAAGGGAGAGGUUUCCCUAAAGACUGCCCUUUUGGCACUGAAGAGCAAUAAGCGUUUGCAAGAUUUUAGAGAGGUUAAGGAACUUGCAAAUGCCUUAAACAAAGUCACUGAUGAAAAAGUUGAUGUUGAUGAAGUAAAAUCUAUACUGAAAGGCCUGGGGAUUUAUUGCCCGAAGGAAGAAUUACAGGAGGUACUUAGAUCUAUUCCUCUUGAUAAUGAGGGGAAAGUGGACUUAAAAGAUUGUCUGACCCAGUUAAAGAAAAUGCCAUAUUUUACAAAAGGUUCAAAAAAAGAAGGCCCCCUGAAAACUCUGGCUGCCAUUAGGAAAAAUAUGGUCACUCCUGAAGACCUAGGCUCCAUUAUGAAAAACAUAGGAGUUCCAUUACCUGAAGAUGUGCUUGAAAGAUUACUACAGAAUAUGACUCUCACAGAGGAUGGGAAAGUGAAUUUAGAAGAGUUUAUGAGCAAUUUAAUCAAUUCAGGAUUUUCACCUCUACCUGAAAGAAGUAGGGUUGAUGACAGCAACCUAGAUACUUUUCCAGGAAACAUGAGGAUGGAGAUGUCAGCUGAUAAGAAAAUGAACAAGAAGAAUGGGAUAAGAGAUAGGAGGUCAUCUCCUGGUGAGUAAAAAAUUUGUUAAUUAAACUAAUUCAUUUAUUUAACAGAUAUUUACUGAAUAGGCGAUGCUAUGUUA